CAACAGACUUCAGGACUUUGUUGUCAGAAGGCAGACCUCUCUUUCUUUAUUGCAAGGACAAAAUUUGAUGUUCUAAAUCCUGUUGUCAACGGGACAUGCUUCUAAAUGUAUGCAUAGGAUUGCAGCCUGAGCAUAACCGUGUAUUAGUAGAGCACAGAAUGACGGAGCUUCAUGAAGCUGUAGCUUUGGGUGACUAUGACAUAGUGGACAAUAUCCUCAAGAGGGGGCUGUGUGACCCAAAUUGCAAAGAUAUGGAUUGGGGCGAUAGAACACCUCUCCACUGGGCGGCAGCAAAAGGACACUCAAAGACAGUAAAACUACUUGUGGAACAUGGUGCUCGUCUAUGCUUGAGAACAGAAGCAGGAUGGACCCCAGCUCAUUUUGGUGCUGAGUCAGGGAGACUAGGAGUGUUAAAGACACUUCAUACUUUACAUGCCCCUAUUGAUGCUGCAGAUCUUUAUGGGGACACACCAAGGAGAAUAGCAGAGAUCUAUGGGCACAAAGAUUGUGUCAAGUUCUUAGAAAUGGCUGAAGUAGAACACAGGGAGUAUUGCCAAAAAGCGAAAUUAAAGGGAAUUCGGCUGGAUGAGGAGGAUGAAGACUGGGAGCUUAACAAGGAAGAACUUCUGAAAAAUAAACCCUGCACGCAAAAGAAACAUGCAAAGAAAGUAUGUGGAAGAAAUGGCAAAUUAAAUUGA